AUGGUAUCAUCACAAAUGAUUAAAAACUGCUGGAAAAAAACUGGCAUCCUCUCACCAGAAGAAAUAGAAAACUUUACUGAACUUUCAGAGCAUGAUGUUUGGAAUUCAAUUUCAGAUAGCAGUAUGAAUGAAGAACAAAAACUUCAAGAAUUGAUUAAUCACCUACCAGCAAACAACUAUCUUACAGCGCAUGAAUAUAUCAGCAUUGAUGAUAGUAAAGUUGAGCAUGGGCUUACUGAUGAGGAAAUAUUGAUGACAAUAGCAGAUGAAGAUAAGGAAGAGGAGAAAUCUGUUGAUGAACAAGUAGAAAAAGUAAGUUGUAAUGAAGCAGAAAGUCCGUAA